GGACUGUGAAGCAAAAGAACCAAUUGGGCUGUGGUGCUUUGAGAAUAAUGUUUUCAGUCUUUGGACUUUUCAGACUAAUAAUUCAAAAUUGGUUGGCUGCCUUGCCCACAUGCCCCAUAAUUUUUUUUAAAAUUUUUUUUGGAAAAUCAGAUUUUAAUUGCAAUUCUAAAUCCUCUCUCUCAUCCUGCAUGAUUGAUUCUCUUUGCUUUGAGAGGAAAAUUGAGGCCUUGAGGGUGGACUUGGGUACAGUUGGUGAUGAUGACCUCACCCCAAUCCUAGGGGUUGUUCAAUUUUGGAGAAUCUGCAACGAGUUCCUGGUUGAUUUUUUCUCUCUCUCUUUUUGUGCUGUGUAAUUAGAAGCUACUACAACUGAAGAAUCUUAGACAGCCAUUUCAAUUCCAGGGAAAUUAUUAUUCAUGCUCAUCACUUAAUUUUGAACUGCUGGAUAGAUUCGUAAAUAAUCAGUUAAGCUAGUAUGCUGCCUGAGCUCUGUGGUUCAAGCUUGCUCCUAGCUCUGCCGGAUGAUGUGUUUGCGAUUAUAUCUCGUUCACUUUCGCCUAGGGAUAUCUGUAAUCUCAGUCUUUGCUGCCGGAGUUUAUCUGCUCUCGUGGCCUCUGAAAAGGUUUGGCUAACCCAAUGUGACUUAGUGGGUAUUGUUCCUCAUCGGGACCUUAUUGAGUGGAGAAAGGGUGUUUCAUCUUAUAAGGCACUUUGUCGCUUCCUUGUUAGUGUUAAGCCGUUAAUUGGAAUUUGGGUUCAUCAAAACCCUGAGCUAGGUAAUGUGGUAUAUGUCAUGCCUGGUUUUGUGUCUGUUGUUGGAUGUCGGAUAAUACCACAAGAGCUUGGCCCUCUAGGAAUUGAAGAUGGCCCCAUACUCUGGGCGCCAGUGUUUGAAAUAAUAGGAGACCUUGAUGGUUCUAUUUUAUUUUUUUUACAUGGAAGAGAAAAAGGAAAUGACUAUAUUUAUCCUGGUUCAGUCAAGUCUGUUGAACAGAAUUGCAAUGUACUAUUGCUGGAGGUUGAGCCUAGGCUGCAAAAGAAUGUGAAUGCAUUAUUGCAUAGUAAGAGCUUUGCUUACAAUUCAGACAAGGAGACAUCAAGAAAGAUUUCUAGAUCAAAUAGUGGAUUGUCAAGGUCACACAGGAUGCUUGGACAGUGGGAUGCUAAGGUUCCUUUUAGCCGCUUGGCUUUUUGUGACAGAAGAAAAUUGAUUGAGAUUGUUACGAGCCAAGUUCAUCAAACUGUACCUGAUUCAGUAAAUGGGCCACUAUUUCCUCGGUUGAGGAGCGAUGCAGACAACUUUCAGAAAGAUAUUCUGCUAUUAUUUGAAAGGAGAUCCCUGCUUCUUCAAAAUUAUAAGCUUCGUGGAAGUUGUUUUGAUUGGAAGGUAGCUCCGGAACUGCCUUCUGAUCCUACUCAACUGCAGUUGAGUGAGAUUAAGAAAAGCCUUGAUCGCUCAAGUGGAUUUCAUAAUUCUCUAAAUGGGGAUGGUCAAACAAAACCUAUCAUGAAGAAGACUCUUAGUGGGUACUUUAGGGCUAGCCUUAGACAAAUAUGGGGGAAGUCUCCCUCUAAUGGUAGCCGCACACUUUCAAAGAAUAGUUCUUCUAGCAGCGAGUCCAAGCAUGCACAGCUUCAUGAAUUUUUAAGAGCAGGUGAUACAAUAGGAUUGACAUUGCAUGCCUCUACUGUUAAGUUAUCUUCUUAUCGAGCAUGGCCAAAUAUGCAUGACACUCGGUUUGCAUUAUACAAGCUACCGAUGCGGGCUCCAAGAGCUGACCAAGAGUAUGCUGGUCUAUGGGGUGGGACUUUUGGUUGGCCUCCUGGGAAGCCUACUGAAGAUAAGCCUGGAAAGGCUUUGUUCUUUCUUUUGAUCUCUUAUGAUGAAUCUGAGGGGCAAAGACAACUUAUUGCUACCAAAAUAUUGGAAGGAACCCACUAUGUUCUCCAUCCAAAUGGCUCAGCAAUGUUUAUGGUGAAUAUUGAUGAACCUUCAGAGGAUCCAUUUCCUUGGGAUGUUGAUGCAGAUUCCAUUCCUGUGAGCGUAAGACAUGCAUUUGCUGGUGAGGGUAUUGCAAAUGGGUAUGGUUUCCGAUAUCCUGGCUCAAAGCCCGGUUCCCUUUUUGUAAUUCAAAAUGGUCUUCUGGCCUUCAUCUGGAAGGAAUCUAGAGCUGUCUUGACCAUGCAGAGACUGAACUUGCAAGAGCUUCUGAAGAAAGGUGAACGGGUGCCUGCUCUACCUCCAACAGCCAACUUUUCGUAUUUGACCAAGUCCUACUCAAAUGUGUUUGCUGGCUUCUCAAAUGCCUCAACUUGUUUGUCUUCACCAAGCUCGAUUUAUCUUGAUUUUGGAUUUUGGUUCAACCUCCUAUUGAAGGUUCAGACUAGUUCAGAAAUCUGCUGAGUUAAGUCAUUAAGUCAUUCAAACGUCCAUCAAAUUGUUGCAUGAAAGAAUUCAACUUAUCUUCUAGAUUUAUUGAAAUACCUGUGAUGCUCUGAUACUAAAUUAUUAUGGUCCUAGAUUGCGGAUUGUGUCAUGGGAUGAUUGAUAGGAAAAGAGCUCAUUAGAGGGAGCUCUUAACACCUCAAAGACUAAAAAAGGAGUCUCAAUUUUAUAAUUCUUAGAAUAAAUAUGCUUGUAUUAUUAAAUAAAAUAAACCCCUUUUAUAGUGGCGGUUCUAAUACUCCUAAUUAAAGUAGAAGUCUAAUACUAGUAACCAUUAGAUCUAGGAUAAGAUAAUAAAAAAUAUGGUAAGAUAAGAUAAUGAAAAAUCUGAGAAAAAACUAUUAAAUAAAUAAAAUAUGUUUGUUAUGGAUUUGGCCUAUCCAUAACUAUAACAUAGUUGUUAUGGUCCCACGUUGCGGAUUGCGUCAUGGGAUGAUUGAUAAGAAAGGAGCUCCUCAGAAGGAGCUUGUAACACCUUAAGACUCAAAAAGGAGAGAGUCUCUAUCUCACGAUUCUUAGAAUAAAUAUGUUUUUUUGGCUUUUGAUUUGUGUGGUUGCUGGUGUUUUGUCUCUUGGAGAAUGAUUGUAAAUUUAGGGUUUGAUUUGAUUGGAGACUGGGAAGAGGCUUUCAUUGCUAUUGCUCUUACCAUGGAAGAGAGAAUGGAAUACCAUGAGUUAUCGACUAGUGAGAAUGAUCAAAUAAAAAGAUAUGAAUUUUGUCUGAUUGUGUGUUGCACCAGUUAAGAUAUGCAGGACCUUCUGUUUUUUCUAGUUAUUUCUUACUUCUUUUUAAAAUUAUUUUACAUCCCUAAGGUAUGUUAAAUUAACACUUAUCUUCCUCUAUUUUUUAAAACUCAACUAUUUAAUCUUUGUAUUUUGAUUCCUUCAAAUUGGAAGUCUCUGUUUAAAUUUUUUGUUAAUCAUCUUUGAACUAACCAAAAUACCCUUAAAUAUACAGUAUGCUUUAAUACUUGGAUUAUAUCAAAAUUAACACAUACAACCCUUAAUUUCUCAAAAAUAAAUAGUUUAAAAUAGUUUUCUUUUUUUGUGUUGCUAUACACACACACACAGAGAGAGAGAGAGAGAGGUGGGGGCAUGCAGAUAGAAUUAUGAAUUUUUGUAUAAAUGUCUAGAAUUUCUAAUUGUAUUAGAUUUUUGUUUAUAAUACUUAGGAAUUGAAUAUGGAUUAUUUUUGCUGUUAUCACCUUAACAUCAAAAUGAGUUCAUAAUGCAAUGGGCAUAUCAACAUUUACGAUUUUACUGUUUGGUUUGUGAAAAGUCCAUGGGAUUUGGGAAGGUGUCGCAUGCCAUAGCAGUAGGAGGAGUUAUUUUUCUUUUUACAUUACUUUGUUUUUGCAGAACUAAUAUUUCUGUCUUUGAAACACAAAAAACAGUAAAAUUUUGUUGGCUUCCAUAUAUACACGCAUAAGGUAGCAAAAGAAGUGAUACUUUUCAGUAUUGUUUCAUCACAAUUAAUUUUGCAUGCUUCAUUCCUGAUAAUGCGUUUCUAUAUAACCUUUUAUAGCCAUUUAAUUGAUUCUACAUUCUUU